CGCCCCCCUUAUGCUCCGGGACUGGACGGGAGAGUUGGGUUACGGGGGGAAGGAUCGCUGUGAGGAAAAACUGCGGUUGGGGCCUGUUCUCUCUCUUAUCUCUAGCGACCGGUUACCUGGAAUGCACAUGUGUCCUUUUAAAAAGGGCUGAAAAUUGACACAGUCUGUUUCUCCAUCUCAUGCAAUGGCUACAGGACUAAAAAAUGUGGGCAAUGCUUUUGGUGGCCCAGCUUCCUCUAAAACCUUCCAGACCACCCCUGUUGUAGUAGACGACGAUGAUGACGUGGUCUUCAUUGAACCUGUGCAGGUGCCUCCGAAUGCAGCAGCCACAACUCCAAGAAGUGCCGGAUUUUCAUCAACGGCAAAAGAAAAUAACAGGACAGACUUGAAAUCGCACUCUUCCAGCAAGGAUUUAGAGACUAGCAAAGGAGCAAUAAGUGAGACAAUCAUCAUUGAUGAUGAGGAAGAACCUGAGCCCACUCGUGUCCAUGACAAAAAUGCUUCCACUUAUGCCAGUCGCAGACUUAUGGACUCCAACAGACCUAUCGGUGUGGAUUAUCCAUCUUCAUCCAACUUCUCAAGAAACAAGCCAAAUGCCGGCCUAAUCAGUUCUGGUAUUACUACUGAGCCUGACUCUGAAAUACAGAUAGCAAAUGUCACCACUUUAGAUUCUGGAUUGAACUCUGUAAGCGAUGGACACCAUCACACUACAGAGAGUAGAGAUAUGAAUCUGAUGAUCACACAUGUUACAUCCCUGCAGAAUCCUGGUAUGGGAGACGUAUCUAAUGGAUUGCAGUCAGCUAAUUUUAGUGGCCAUAUACCGACUUUUCCACCUCCACUUACCUCACAGACCAAGUCUACAACAGGACCUUAUAAUCCAGGAAGAAUUAGCGUCGGUGGUGAUGUCUUUCAAAAUGGUGAAUCUACGACACAUCAUACUUCUGAUGCCUGGAUAUCGCAAUCUGCAUCAUUUCCUCGAAAUCAGCAGCCUGGUGUCGAUACCAUGUCGCCAGUGGCCUCCCUUCCUAAACAAGUCUUGCAACCUCCCCCACCACAGCAGCCUUCCAAAGCUGUCAAAGUCACUUGUGCAAACUGCAAGAAGCCGCUUCAGAAAGGGCAGACGGCAUAUCAGCGGAAAGGAUCCACUCAUUUGUUCUGUUCCACUACUUGCUUAUCAUCCUUUACACAGAAACCGGCUCCAAAGAAGCUCUGCACUAUGUGCAAAAAAGAUAUAACAACAAUGAAAGGUACAAUUGUUGCCCAAGUAGAUUCAAGUGAAUCUUUCCAGGAAUUCUGCAGUACCUACUGCCUAUCACUGUACGAGGACAAGCAGAACUCUGCCAAAAAUCAAAACAAGUCAAGGUGUACAAUUUGCGGCAAAUUAACCGAGAUUCGUCAUGAGGUCAGCUUUAAAAACAUGACCCACAAGCUGUGCAGCGACCAUUGCUUCAAUCGCUACAGGAUGGCCAACGGCUUGAUCAUGAAUUGCUGUGAGCAUUGCGGUGAAUACCUGCCAAGCAAAGGAGCUGGAGACAAUAUACUCAUGGUUGAUGGCCAGUGGAAGAGGUUCUGCAGUCCAGCCUGCCUCAAUGAAUUUAAGCUGAAACAUGGGAAGCUAACCAGCUGCACCGGAUGCAAAGCCCAAUGCAGAAUAUUCGACAUGACUCAGUGCAUUGGAUCAAACGGACACAUGGAGCCAUACUGUUCAACAACGUGCAUGAAUGCUCACAAAGCAAAAUUUGCAAAGCCGCCGCCGCCUCCUCCUCCACCACCUCCACCUCCACCAGUUCAGACCAUCAUACCCACCCAGAAUCCGGGAAUAAUUUGUCAUUUUUGUAAAAGAAACUCCUUACCUCAGUACCAAGCCACCAUGCCUGAUGGAAAACUGUAUAACUUCUGUAGCUCUGGAUGUGUAGCUAAGUUCCAGACUCUCAGCAUGCAGUCUUCUACUAAUGGCCAGCAUGUCAGCAGUGACGUUCAGUUGAAAUGUAAUUACUGUAAAAACAUGUUUUCCUCUAAACCAGUAACACUGGAGUGGGAGAAAAAAGUCCACCAGUUCUGCAGCACGAUCUGCUGCGAGGACUAUAAAAAGCUGCACUGCAUCGUUACCUUCUGUGAAUACUGUCAGGAAGAGAAAACCUUGCACGAUGUCGUGAAAUUUUCUGGUGUCAAGAAACCAUUUUGCAGUGAAGGUUGUAAGCUACUAUACAAACAGGACUUUGCAAAGCGGCUGGGAUUGAAAUGUGUGACCUGCCACUACUGCUUUCAGAUGUGCAAAAGAGGAGCGACUAAAGAGUUUGAUGGCAAAGUUAGAGAUUUCUGCACAGAGGAUUGCAGUAGAAAGUUUCAUGACUGGUAUUACAAGGCAGCAAGAUGUGACUGCUGUAGAACUCAAGGGACUCUUAAGGAGAAAGUACAGUGGCGAGGCUCUAUAAAGAACUUCUGUGACCAGCAGUGCUUACUGCGUUUUUACAGCCAGCAAAAUGAGCCCAAUAUGGCUACCCAGAGGGGCCCAGAGAACAUGUUUAUUGAUCAAGGAGUUCAAGCUUCACGGCCAAGAGUUACGGGUCCAAAUUCUACCUGUUCUCCUGCAGCACCCAAAGACAUGAAGAAUAAGGCUGUGCUGUGCAAGCCAUUGUCAAUGACAAAGGCCACCUUCUGUAAACCUCAUAUGCAGACCAAGUCUUGCCAGACAGAGGAAGACUCCAAUACAAAGUAUGUUCCAGUGCCUAUUCCUGUCCCUGUAUAUAUACCGGUGCCUAUGAAUCUCUACAGUCAAAAAGUACCGGCUACAACUCCAUUACCUUUUCCAGUACCAGUCCCAUUUUUGGUGCCAGCUGAUUGGGACAAAAUUAAAGAACUAAAUGAAGAGCUGUGCCCUAAAGAUGUAGAACUAAAUCUAGAAGAUGAUUUAAAGGCCGAACCAGUUAAAGAGGAAGAAAUGGAUGAUUCCAUAUUACUGAUAGAAGAUACUCAGGAAGACGAGAAGAUGGAUGAACACCUACUGGACUGUGAGGUGUUAAAGGAAGAAGAGUGGCAUGACAUAGAUAAAGAAGAACAAACUCGAGAGAAAGAUUCACUGAAAGACGAAGGAGAUUCGCUGAAAGACGAGGGAGAUUCGCUGAAAGACGAGGGUGAUUCGCUGAAAGACGAAGGAGAAGGAGAUUCGCUGAAAGACGAGGGUGAUUCGUUGAAAGGAGAAGGAGAUUCGCUGAAAGACGAGGGUGAUUCGCUGAAAGACGAGGGUGAUUCGCUGAAAGACGAAGGAGAAUCGCUGAAAGACGAGGGUGAUUCGCUGAAAGACGAAGGAGAAGGAGAUUCGCUGAAAGACGAGGGUGAUUCGCUGAAAGACGAAGGAGAAGGAGAUUCGCUGAAAGACGAAGGAGAUUCGCUGAAAGACGAGGGUGAUUCGCUGAAAGACGAGGGUGAUUCGCUCGAAGCUGAUGUCAAAGAGGCAUUUACAGAGGUUUUAGAUCUUAGUCCAUUGCAGUCAGUGGAAUCUAUUGUGCUGGACACAACUGUUGCUGAAGAUAAGGCAGAUUGUGUCACAGAUGAAGGCAGUGUAGAUAAAGAUGCUUCUACAAACUGCGCUGCAGAGAGUCCACCGGGCCUGCCAGAUUUGCCAUAUGAAGCAGAACUUGAUCUUGAAAUUGACUUCCCAAGAGCUGCUGAGGAAUUUGAUACAGAAAGCGAGUUUUUCUUGCCUCCUGUAUUUGAAGAGGAGUAUGAUGAUCAGCUCAAACCUAAACCAUUGAAAAAGGGUGCAAAAAGGAAAGCGGUUUCUGACAUCUUCUCUAAUGAAAACUCUGAGUCAUUGUUUCCACUGAAGUAUUCCUAUGGCAUCAAUGCUUGGAAGCAGUGGGUAAAAGCACGAUUAGCUGCAGAUGAGCUGACAGAAUAUAAAUCAGUGAGGUUAAAAGAAGACCUUCUGUUGCUCCCUGCAAGUGUUCUCAGUUAUUGGCUGUCAUGUUUUAUCAAGGAGGUGCGAAGACCAAAUGGAGAUAGCUAUGCGCCAGACAGCAUUUAUUAUCUAUGCCUUGGCAUCCAGGAGUUCUUGUCUGCCAGCAGGAAGAAAGAAAAUAUAUUUUAUGAUGAAGAUUAUGAGAUAUUUGGACAGGCCCUCAAUAAUAUUCUUAGAAGUUGGCAGCCAAGUAUUCUACCAGAUGGCUCAAUAUUUUCACGCGUCGAGGAGCCUUAUUUGUGGCUAACAAAUCAGCUUGGAACCCAAUCUGCCAUGUGUCUGCUUUUUACCCUCUUCUACUUUAAUACUAAGUAUUUUAAUUUGAGGACAGUAGAUCAGCACUUAAGACUUUCUUUUGGUAGCGUCUUAAAACAAUGGAAAAGAAAUCCCCUUACGCAAGAGAAACGGGCUUGUCUUCAAUACCAGGGUUCUUCAUUAUUUGAGAGCGACAGUGAAGAUAAAGUUGUCCCUGGGAAAAGGAAACAUGAAGAUGACGAGGCAGUAAUGGAACUGAUUGAAAACACAGCUGACCCAUCACGUUGCCCUGUGAAAAUUUUUGAAUACUAUCUAUCUCAAAGCCCACAGAAUCUCAACCAGAGAUUGGAUGUGUUUUAUUUGACUCCUGACAGCCUCGCUUCUGAUUCCUCUCUGUGGUUCACGUCAACUCCCCUGGGUCGCAACACUUUGGAAAACAUGCUAAUACGGGUUUUACUAGUAAAGGAUAUUUAUGACAAAAACAGUUAUGAACUGGAUGAAGACACAGACUAAAUCUUGUUGCAAGCUAUAAAGUGGUGGCAAGAAUGGAAGUCACGUUAGAUAGACAAGCUGCUGGCGUGAAUAACUGAGAGCGAAGAGUGAAAAACAUUUCACGUUUACUCCACAUGUAUUUUAUGAGUUUUGUAGCAGUGUGCCCGGCCCGGGUAUAACCAUGUAAAUAUUUGUGUGACAUUUUGCCAUUUUCCUUGUAGUGAAUUUUAGGAAGCCUAAAACACAACACAUACAACUCAGAUUUUUUUUUUUAUUAUUUAUUUGAAUUAGGGAUGUUUGUAACUUUUUACAUGAGAUCCGAAUGAGAAUGUGCCAUGUGUAUUUGCUUUAUCUCCAUAUUGCACAAUUCUACUGUCGAAAAGCUUUCUGUAAAAAAAAAAAGAAAAAAAAAAAAGAAAAGGUUUUGCCCAGUUUCUUAAAUUCGCUAGUUAAGUAAAUCAGCUAGAAUUAACAAGAUUUAGAUUAUGCCUUCUCAAAUUUUAACUUCAACUGUAAAGUCAUAGGAACUGUUUUUAUUUUGAGUUUGGGGAUAAUAGAGAAAUCCUAUUGACUGACUUAGAAUGAAAUUCUUGUCUGUACCAAAAACUAGACAAUUUUGAAAAUGUCAAUAUUUGUGUACUGUAACGUGAACUUUUGGUUAAUUUUGUUUCAUUUCUCCCUAUUUUUUUUAUUUUAGCCCCUCCCAAUUAAAAUAUUACCAUGAAUUUUCUUUGUGAUUCUUAUAUUGCCACAUAAAUAAAAUUACUGUCUGCAUUUGAGUAGCUGAAAAAGUUAGGAUGUUCUGUUGGAUACAUUUU